AUGUCGCAUCAUUCUUAUCCGCAGAAGAUUGGCAACUGGUGGCUUGGUGCGAACCUCGGCUCCGGGUUCUCAGGCUCGAUAUUUCGCGCCACAAACAUCCACACCAGGCAAGAAGUCGCUAUCAAGCUGCAAGAUGUGGAUGUCGACUGCCCCACUAACCGUUACGAGCGAUCUUUCUACCCUGCCCUCCAAGGUGGCGUGGGUAUGCCUACAUUAUGGGCAUCUGGAAUCGAGGGGGAUUAUGACUACCUUGUCAUCGAUCUCCUUGGUUCCAGUCUUGAUUCCCUCUUCCGACGGAGUGGGCGGAGUGUCAUGGACCUUCGUAGUGUGUGUUGUAUCGCGAUGCAAGUGGUUAGUCCCACUCUCCUUCCCGCACCAAAUGGCGCUUUUCGAACCUUCGUAUCUUUACUUCCUCGCCUCUGUCUGGCCUUACGCGCCAUAAGAUCUCCAGACUGGAAUUCAUGCAUUCGCGCGGUGAUCUACAUGAUCGAUUUUGGAUUCUCAAAAUUUUAUAUCGACCCUGUGACCAAGCGUCACAUUCCUGAUAGCAAAGUCAAGCGCGACUUCAUUGGGAACUACUGGUUUAGCUCAGUCGCCGUCCAUUGCAGAGGCAAGGUGCCGUCACGGCGGGACGACCUAGAAGCUGUGGCGCUAAUGCUCAUCCAUCUGCUCACCCCGGGCGGCCUCAGCUGGACGCGCAACGGCGUCCCCAAGACGAAUGCAGCACACGAUCGUCUUAUGCGAGAAAAGCGAGACGCCCAACCGGAAGAUCUCUGUCGAGGGUUGCCAGCCGUCUUUGAAGAGUUUUUGAGAUAUUGCCGGCGGCUGAAGUUUUCAGAGUGUCCAGAUUACGCACACUGGGUGAACGAAUUCCGAGAGCUUGCAGUCGACAAAGGGUAUCCGCGGAGUUCCCUCUUUGUUUGGCCUCCUCCAAAUCCAGAGCCAACAGUGCAAGUUAUAUCACCGACAAAACGAUCAGCUCUGGCAGAUAAGGAUGCGGUCGAGGGUAUCUUGAACAACCUCGCCAAUCUUCAGAUACGCGACCGCCAAGUUUUGGGCAGCCGUAAAGAGACGGCGGACGCGGACCGAGAUGAGGUGAAAACCCCGGUCGGGUUCGAGGACAUCAUCGUCAUCAGCAGCGAUGACGAGAACAUGGCACCGGCCGCCAUGCGCCUCCCGAAAGCUGUGCAGUUAAAUAAACUGGUGCGCUCAGUACCGGGAGCGACUGACAAUGUUGCGCUUGCGCGAGUGGUACACGACUUCGUGACUGUACUACAAGAUAGUCGAUCGCGAACGCUAACGAAGGAGGGUUUUGCAUUCCUCGAUGCGCUAUACAAGCAACUCGCCGAUCCCUCGGUGUACGUUCAGCCACUGCGCACAUCGAGGCCCCGAGAUAGUGCCAAAGACGGCGAGCAGGUGCAUCCGGAGCCACGGCAAGUUAAACAAAAUAAGUUAUGGAACAUGCGUCGGGACGUUGCGACGGCGAAGAAUAAUAAGGCUCUGGCGCAGCUAGUCGCUGAGUUCGGAGCCCUGAUCAAUCGGAGCAUCCAUUUCAAGCUGGAUAGUCGCCGAUCCAAGUUCAACACAAAUGUGACACGGAAAAAGCAGCCGCAACACGAGUACCAGUACCACUGA